ACGGCAGCGCCGUCGCGCCGGUCCUGGCGGGCACCGACAUCGCCGUGCUGAACCUCUCCGUGAUGCCGCGCCCACAGGCCCGGGUGCUGCUGCCCGUGGCGUGGCAGUGCUUCAACUCCACUGGCGACAGCACCGGCAAGUCCUACGGCACGGUGAGGUUCAACGCGGAUGGCGUGUACCGCAUCUCCGACACCCACAAUGAGCUCUUCGUGCUCGGUUGCAACACCCUGAUGUACACCAACAGCGGGCCGCCCGGCCGCUACAAGUACACCUUCUACACCGGCUGUAUGACCUUCUGCAACGACUCCGGCAGCGCGCAGGACGGCAAGUGCGCCGGCGUCGGCUGCUGCCACGUCGACAUCCCGCCGGGCCUCACCGACAACUGGAUGCAGUUCGGGAGCACUAGCACCUGGUCGCACGCCGACCAGGAGUUCAGUCCCUGCGACUACGGCUUCAUCGUAGAGAGGGGCUAUUACUCGUUCAAGGCGUCCGACCUGACGACCAUGCCGGUGAACCAGACGAUGCCGCUGCGACUCGACUGGGCCAUCCGCAGCGGCGGCAACAGCAGCUCCACGUCCAUGUCGUGCGCUGCCGCCGCCAAGAAGAACAAGCCCCAGUACGCCUGCGUAAGCGAUCACAGCGAGUGCGUCAACUCCAGCAAUGGCCCUGGAUAUUUCUGUAACUGCACACAAGGCUACGAGGGCAACCCCUACAUCGUCAACGGGUGCACAAAUAUUAAUGAGUGCGCUCGGCCCACUGAAUAUCCAUGCCACGGUGUUUGCCGGGACACCGAGGGUUCCUACGAAUGCAAAUGCCGUGCAGGAUACCAGAACGAUGGUAAUCCAAAAGAACAACCAUGCAGCCCAAAGUUCCCUCUUGCGGCACAGCUUGCUCUAGGCAUCACUUUGGGCAUUUCUUUGUUGAUUGUUGCUAUACUUCUUACACUAAUGGUGAUCCAUAAGAGAAGAAUGAAUGAAUAUUUUAGAAAGAACGGUGGUUCAGCACUACAGAAAGUGGAGAGCAUCAAGAUUUUCACCAAGGAUGAGCUGAAUAAGAUCACAAAGAACAACUCUGAGGUUCUUGGUCAAGGAGGCUUCGGAAAGGUCUACAAAGGAACUCUUGAAGACAGUUCAAUGGUUGCUGUGAAGUCAUCCAUCGAAGUAAACGAAGAGCGAAAGGAAGAUUUCACCAAUGAGGUUACCAUCCAGUCGCAAAUGAUCCACAGAAACAUUCUCAAACUCGUUGGUUGCUGCCUGGAGGUGGAUGUUCCGAUGUUGGUGUAUGAGUUUGCUGCCAAAGGGAGCCUGCAGGAUGUCCUCCAUGGGGAUGGUACUCACAGCAGACUGCCCAUACCACUAGACCUGCGUUUAGAAAUUGCAAUUGGGUCUGCAGAAGGACUAAGGUACAUGCACUCCUUCACAAAUCAUACCAUACGGCAUGGAGAUGUCAAGCCGGACAACAUACUUAUUGAUGAUAAGUGGAUCCCCAAGAUCUCAGAUUUCGGGUUAUCGAAGCUGUUGAAAGUGGACAAUUACAUUGCGACGAUGGUCAUUGGGUGCAUGAGCUACAUAGAUCCUGUGUUCAUGAAAACGGGACUCUUAACACAAAAGAGUGAUGUCUACAGCUUCGGUGCUGUUCUCUUGGAACUCAUUACUAGGAAAAAGAUUGUGUACGGAAAAAACAGUAGUCUCAUCAUAGAGUUCUGCCGACUGUAUGACAAGGAAGGGAGUGGAAGGGCAAUGUUCGACGAGGACAUUGCAACUGAAGAGAAUAUCUUUAUACUGGAACAAAUCGGCAAGCUGGCAAUUGAGUGUCUAAAAGAUGAUGUCAACGACCGACCAGAUAUGAAUGAGGUAGCAGAACAGCUUGUGAUGCUUAGGAGAGACAUGAAGUAUGGGAAGGCACAGAACAAAAGCCCUCGUCAAUUUGAAGGCAUUGCUACAAGUGAUUCUCCGAGGAGCUUUGCUACUGAUACCACAAGCAGCAGUGCUGCAAUUUCUCUUCCAUCCGCAACGCCAAGCAGGGAAUUCCCUGAUCUGUAGAUCAGCAAAUUAAAGGGAAGAUGAAGGCAUAAUCGAUCAACAAGACAUAGUGUGUGGUAUGUAUAAUGUAUGUUAUAAUUUUUAAACCAGUAUCAUUUUACUUAAAACCAGUGUCUUCGUGUAUGGAUGUGCUAUUUAGGUGUUCUUUUUGUGUAAUUUAUAAAAUCAAGAGGUAACCUGCGUGUA